CCCUCAACACACACCAAAUAUGAAGAGAGAGGGUCGCCAACAUGGAAUGGUUAGGACCUACCGGAUCCUACCAUCUCCAGCAAACCCGAGACCCGAAACCCGGGUUGUCAACAAAUUUGAUUCAACCCCAACUGCUGGGUUGUUCACCAAGGUGCCAUCCAAGCCCACCAACCACUCCAAGUUCUCCGGCAAGUGUGGCACCCCAAGGUGCAAUGGGUGUCAUGUGAACCCGGCAUGUAAGUCCAAGCCUAAGACCAAAGGGGCCCAGAAGUUGAAGUCAUGCGACGUCGUUGUGAGUUCUCGAUUAAUCAGUUGGCGGGUUGUCGACGGGCAACCCGGCUUGAGUUUUUCUGGGGUUUCUGCCACAGAUCUUUUGGAUCAUGUGUCUGGUGAUUAUAUGAAUGAUGACGAAGUUUAUGAUAGUGAUUUUGAGUAUGAUGAGACAAUGAAUUUUGAAUCUCCAUGUAAUAAGGACAAUGAGAUAAGGGUUGAUAUUAAUCAUGAGGACGGGGAAGAAAACAAUAAUAGUGAUAAUUUAAGUUAUUGUGAUGUGGAAUUUGUGUUGGACCAAGUUGAAGGAGAAGAAGGAUGGUGUCUAGUGGAAGAAAUGUGAACUUUUAUCUCUCUUUGAUACAUUGUGAAUGAUUACUUUGUAUCAUUUUUCUUUUCAUUUUAAUUUUUUGUUUGUACUUUUGUUAAAUUUAUGUACCCCUCUUUAUAUGUGAAUGGGUCAUGGAUUCUUAUCCGGGGCCAUGGUAUAAAUGAAAGUUGUCAUUUUUAAUA